CCACCCCUUUUAAAAAGCAAAUCCCAUCUUUUUACACCAAGGAGAUUCGCUCCGGCAAGGUGGCGCUAGAGAAUUAGCGUCCUCAUACGUCAUAUAGUCAUACAACGCCUUCCCUGAAUAGGCGAAUCGCCGAUCGUUCUCAGGCCCGCUCCUAAACCUAUCAACGCUGGCAUAACUCCCUGCACAAGCGCGGAAAACAUCUAGAACGGAAUGGGUCAAGACUCAAUCGACCAGAAACCGUGUACAAGCAUUUCAGUGCUUCUGACACUUACUAAGAGUCCCCUAUUCGAGAGAGAGAGAACGACGACGACGAUGUGCGAUGAGAGAGGGAUGAUCUGAACCUCUGAACUCGAAACGAUGGAUGGUACGGUCGCGUCGGGGGAGGGCAACGAGUUGGAUCCUCCGUUGCGCUUGUACGAGAGACUGCGCCAGAUCACAGGGUACAUUUGGGAUGAGGAGAAGGAGCCCUUUCAUUCAAGCUAUGAUAACUGGCAGGUCUUUGGCUACAGGAAUACGAAAGAAGGGCAGAAGGCCAGCGCUACAGCUGCGGUUGAGUCGUCGAGACCGGGCUCAGCGCAGAAUUCAUCACACCAGGACUCGCAGAGUGUAAAUGGUUCGAGGACGACGCAGAGUGAGAGUGGGAGUGAGUCGAAAAUCUCGCAUGAAGAUGGUGCCGAGCCCUCUCGAGUCGAGGUCGUUGCUCGAGUCUCGCUACAUGCUCUGCGGGAAGAACGGGCAUAUCACAUCUGCAAGAACUUGAUCAAGAAGGUCGACCCAGACGGAAAUCAUAUUAUCAGACCCCUCAAUAUUGUCCGGCUACCGAGUCAACAAGGAGACAAGGGGCCCGUGGUUGUCUGUAUAUUCGAAGAUCCUGGCCCGAAUUACUUACCAAGAGUGAUCGACUAUGGCCUAGCCUGGUACCGAGGACGAAAGGUCGAAGAUAGACUCGAGGCAUUCCGAGAUGAGUUUGUGGCAAAAGAGGUGGUUCCCCUACAAACAUUCCUUGAUUUUGCGGUUGGUGCUACCGAAUGCUUGGAAAUUCUACACCAUGGACAGAGAAUAGUGCACGGAGAAAUUAGAGGAGACGCAUUUCAUAUGAAUAUGAUGGAUGGUAAGGUUAGACUCAUCAACUUUGGAUCUGGCCUUCGGACAUUCGAGCAUGGCCUCACCAGUACCGGAUGGUCCACACUUUCUAAGGAAGUAGGCGCCAAAACUAAACUCUCCUAUAUGAGCCCUGAGCAAACUGGCCGUAUGCCUGCGGAGCCUGAUUCUAGGACAGAUAUUUACUCUCUAGGAAUAUUGUUCUGGACUAUGUUGACACAACAACCUGCUUUUGACGGUGCAACCCCCAUGGACAUUAUUCAAGGUGUUCUCAGUCGACGACUACCACUGGUUUCUAGUAUCAGACUCGACAUACCAGACGUUAUCGGAAGAAUCAUUCAGAAGAUGACAGCUAAGAUCAUUGGAGAGAGGUAUCAUUCAGUCAGUGGCUUGAGACACGAUCUCAUGGAAGUGAGGAAGUUGCUUGGUGCGGGAGAUUCUGCAGCUCUCAGGAACUGGAAGAUAGCCACCAAGGACAUCUCGUCAUUCUUCAUCUUACCAACAGUCAUGAUCGGCCGAGCAUCAGAACAUGAUGAAGUUGUCAAAGUCAUUGACAAGGUUUCGAGGCGCCAUAUGGUCAGUCAGAGGCAAGACCUUCAUAGUUUGUCCUCUAGUUCGAGCAUGUCAGAUGGACGUCUUGAAAUGAUAGCAGUUGCGGGUGACGGUUCAAGCGAAGGAGACAAUACUAGUUCUGCUGAAGGUCGAUCGAGUUCGCUAACUACGGGAGGGUUGUCUGGAGGGAUGUCUGGAGAGAUCAAGACUAUGAGAAGCGGUUCGUCGAGUCAAAUGCGAUCUGCUGCAGAAUCUCAGCAUAAUUCUCUCGACAGCCAGGAUGCCUCGUCUCGGUCGGGCGGUACUCGACUUAUGCGGCCUUGGGAGAAGAACAACUCUACGUCUUUGGACAACAAGAGUGUCGCGGAGACGAUGAAUUCGGAUAACGCUACUGGUCGAUCGAGUUCGGACGGGGUUGGUAGCUUGGCCAGCAAGUCAAAUAGUCAAAAAUUCAGACGAAAAGGUCGUUGCGAAGUGGUCGCUAUCUCAGGUGCUGCAGGAUUAGGGAAGAGCUGUCUUGUGCACUCCGUUCAAGUUGAAGCACGCCGGAGAGGCUAUUUUGCAAGCUCAAAAUUCGACCAAGCCAAGAAAACACCCUUUGGACCAGUUCUCAAGCUUCUUUCAAGUCUGUUCAAACAAGUCUUUUCUGAGAGCAAUACCGACACUCCUUUCCAUCAACUUCUCAAGCAGUACGUCAAGCCUGCAUGGCCAAUGUUGCACAAAGCAUUAGGUCUCCCGGAAUUCCUUUUGGGUCCCAUGCCCUCUCCCCAGCGUGGUCACUCAAGUCAACUAUCGCAGCAAGGUUACAAUCGGAGUUUACAAGCAGAAAUGAAUCCGAGACGCGAGUCUUCUCCUUCUUCAAGUUCACGUGGCAGUCUAUACAGCAUGGCUCUUGGUUCUCAAAGCUCACAAGACUUCCUCCGUGCUGGAUCUUCCACAAAAUCUUUACGACUUAUGAACACCACUCUCGAUGUUUUACGAGUAUUUGCGCAACAUAAAUUCAUCUGUUUCUGUUUAGAUGAUCUACAAUUCGCAGACGACGAAUCGUUGGAUCUGAUCACCCAGAUCAUUGCUGCUCGGAUGAAGAUGGUUAUCAUUGUGACCUAUCGGCCAGAUGAAAUCUUACCUGAGAGAAUUAAAGGCAUCAUUGAGCCUCCUAAUUCACAGGAAUACAUCAAGACAGGCGGCGUUGGCGUGACUCGGGUGACACUAAAACCUUUGAGUGAGGAAGAUAUCAAGCAAUACGUUGCUGCGACUUUGUGUCGAUCAGAGGUUGAUGUCAUACCUCUAGCUGCGGUCAUUCAAUCGAAGACAGCGGGUAAUCCCUUCUACAUGCGAGAGAUGCUUAAUAGCUGUCAUCGAAACCACUGCAUAUACUACGAUUACAAAGAGAGUGGUUGGUGCUACGACUUGGACAAGAUAUUUACGCAGUUCGAAACGAAGAAUUACCACGAUACCUUGAACACUUCGUUUGUUACUAGUCGUCUCAACGAGUUACCAUCUGCUUCGAGAUCGAUCCUUGCCUGGGCGUCAUUGAUUGGCAAUUCCUUCUCUUUCGACCUCGUCCAGAGGCUUCUUAGUGGGGAGUUUGACUACGACGAUACAGCACCGAACAUGGAGAUUUCCCAACCCUACUCGUUAACGCACUCCCAACAAGGCGCUGUAGAAGGACUGCAAGCGGCCAUCCAAAACUAUAUCGUCAUUGCUACACAAGAUGAUGAUCGAUUCCGAUUCGCACAUGAUCGCUAUAUGCAAGCAGCUACUUCUCUAGGAGAGUGCAACGCUUCGAAGAUGCAUUUCAUCAUUGCUCAAACUAUGAUGAAGUACUAUUCUGCUGAUGAAAGAUCUCGCUCAACCACUGCUGAGCAUAUCUGCGAAUCAAUUGAUAUCAUCAAGAAGCGCAUCCUUCACAGACAAUCUUUCAGAAAGCUUUUAGCCGACUGUGCACAAUCUGCCGCUGAAAGUGGUGCGCGACCAACAGCAGCCAAGUUCUAUAAAGCUUGUUUUGCACUUUUGCAAGACAAGGCUUGGACGGACGGGACGCCAGACGCUUAUUAUGACGAAACACUCCACCUGCACACGAGAGCUGCUGAGACAUAUUUGUAUAUGGGGCAGUAUUCCGAAGCUAAGCAGCUCUUAGAGACAGUCUUCGCUCGAGCGAAAACACCUGUCGACAAGGCUCCUGCUUGGGUAUUGCAAUCACGACUUUAUGCUCAAGAAAGCGACUCGCCAGCGGCUUUUCGCGCUUUAAAGUACUGUCUAGGCGCCCUCGAUAUUCAUGUUGAUGACGACCCGACCUUUGAGAAGCUUGACAAGGAAUUUGAACGCCUAUCACUGAAGAUCCAAUCCAUGGAGCCGGAAGAGCUUGUAGGUCGAGUUAUGGCGAAGGACUCCAAUUUUGCUGCUGUUGGUGCUGUGCUCGUCGAGACCAUCAGUGCGGCAUUCUGGACAGACACUCUUACCUUCUACCAGAUGGCUCUUGUCAUGGUUGAUACCCAGAUUGAGCUGGGCAGUUUUCCUCAAGCUGGAAUGGCCUAUGUUCAUUUUGCUAUGAUUGCCAUUACCAGAUUCAACAUGAUGGAAUUUGCUAGCGACAUGGGAAAGAUUGCCCUGAGGCUCAUGGAGAGAUGGCGGGAUCCUUAUACCAUGGGUCGUGGUGGGACAAUUUAUUCUCUCUUCGUCGGCCACAUUCAAGUCAACCUCCAAGAAUCCAUUGCACAACUGGAAGGCGCACUGGAAUAUGCUAUCCAAGCAGGCGAUCGGAUCUCCACAAUCUUGAACUUCGGGCUGGUAGGAACUCUCAAAUUCUUUGGUUCGGAAAAUGUCACCGAGCUUGAAGCAUUUCUACAGUACGGCUGCGAGGAAGUCCCCAAUUGGCAGCAUGAUACUCGUGGUGGCACUAUGGCAAUUGCCAUUCGUCAAGCUUGUCGUGCUUUGCAAGGUAGGACCAAUACCAACGACCCCCUCGAGAUCAUGAGUGACGAAUCGCACAACGCUUUAUGGUAUAAGUCUUGGUUGAAGGGAUCCUCUACCGAUAGUAGUCGCCCCCUUAUAUUCUAUGAAGGGAUUGAGAUGGCACCUCUGUUCCUGUACGGACACUACUCUCGAGCAAUCGAGCUUGGGAAUGCUUGUCUCAACAACAUCAGUACGGUCUGGUCCUCACGAAAUACGAGAUUCAUUAUGUUCAUGCAAGGUCUGUCUCUUGCGGGUUUGGCGUGGUACAAGCUACAGAGCCCCCUCAGAGCAGUCAACCAGGACGCAGACCACAUUGACAAUCAGUCAAGCGAAGCUCAGCUACAGGCAGAAAUCGGUGUUGUUGUGAAGCAGAUCAAGGACUUGAGGAAGCAGAUCGAAGACUGGCAGGUGGUCAACAACGUCAAUUAUCUCGCAUGGUCGACCCUGCUGAGUGCUCAGAUUGCCGAACUGGAAGGCAAUCACGGUCUAGCUAUGCGCCACUAUGAGAAAUCACUUGACCAUGCCGAAGCUCAUGACUUCCUUUUCGAGGAGGCGCUCGGAAACUACUUACAGGCUGGCUUCUUCUUGCGAACAGGAUCUCGGAGAGCUGCAAAGGCAUCGCUACGCGAAGCUACUGCACUUUAUCGCAGCCUUGGUGCUGUUGGUGUCGCCAAAUACAUCGAAGACGAGCAUAGUCUUCUCCUACAAGGUCCGACUAGGACUCAGCGCAGUGCCGAUGCAGGUGUACAAACCGACUUCGCUGGAGACUCCGCUCCCGUUCAAUAUACCACGUUGGAAGGUGAUGAAGAUGAUGUACGACAACAAACCCGUGCGAUAAUCAUCGAGAGCAAGGGCGAUCGUAUCGGUGCUUGGCAAGGUGGCUCGGCGCGCGAUGCUGCUGGCUCUGGUCUCCCCGCUUUAGACAUGCUUGACCUUACAUCGAUUCUCGAGAGUUCUCAGGUCAUCUCAAGUGUGCUCCAGGUCGACCAGCUACUGAAGACCAUGUGCGAAAUCAUUCUACAGAAUUGUGGUGGUUUAGCAACCCUGGCAGCUAUCGUUGUUGAGGACGAUGAUCCAAUAGGCUGGAGCAUCGCUGCGAGCGGUGAUCCAGAGAAGGGAGCCAUGGCCCACAUACCUGGACUUCCAGUCAGCGAGACCGAUCUCGUGGCUGAAGGGGUCAUUCUAUACUGCACACGCUUCAGAGAGACUGUCUUCCUCCCUGAUGUCACACAUGACGAACGAUUCAGCAAUGUCACCGAAGCCUGGGCAGCACGUAAUCCUUUCAGCAAGUCCGUCAUUGCGUUACCCAUUUGUCACGGAUCGAAGCCUCUGCUUGGUGUUCUCUACCUGGAAGGAGAACCGAAUGUGUUCACGGAUCGCAACCUCACUGUCUUGCAGCUCCUUGUCAACCAGAUCGGCAUCAGUUACUCCAAUGCUCUCACUCUAAAAGAAGUCGAAAAAGUUUCCGCAUUUAACAAUUCCAUGGUUGAUGUGCAAAAGAGAGCUCUCGAGAAGGCGAUAAAUGCCGAGAAAGCAGCCAAUGCAGCAAAGGCCGAGGCUCUUCGCAAUGUCAAGCUUGCUAAGGAGGCAGCUAAGGCCAAGUCCAUCUUCUUGGCCAAUGUAUCACAUGAGUUGAGGACACCACUAAAUGGUGUUAUUGGCAACUCAGAAUUGCUUAGGGAUAGCGAGCUCACCAAAGACCAAGUUGAGAUGGCAGAUUCGAUUCGUGUCUCAGCCGACCUGCUGCUCACAGUCAUCAACGACAUCCUCGAUUUCUCAAAGAUGGAAGCUGACAAAAUGGAACUCUACAUCGUUGCGUUCAAGGCUGAUGAGAUGAUGAAGGAAGUUUUCCGUUCAGUCUCGUACAGCAAUCGGGACAAGAAGAACUUGAGAAAUGUUGAGAUCCUCCAGGACAUCAAAUUGCCCCAAUGUCUCAUAUUUGGCGACCCAGUUCGAUUGCACCAAGUUCUUGGUAAUCUGGUAUCUAACAGUCUGAAAUUCACAGAAAAUGGAUCAAUCACCAUUGGGGCAAAGACUGAUCUGGAGACUGAUGACGAGGUCAAACUUACCUUCUGGGUUAGAGACACUGGAAUCGGCAUUCCUCCUCAGCAAUUGAAGAAGUUGUUCAAACCCUUUAGCCAGGCUGAUGCUAGUACUGCUCGAAAAUAUGGUGGUAGUGGCCUCGGCCUUAGCAUUUGUCGAUCCCUUAUCGAAUCUAUGAUGGGCGGCCAAAUCGAGCUUGAAAGUGUUGAGGGUCAAGGUACACUUGCAUGGUUCACAGUCACUUUCCAAAAAGCCAAGGAAGCAGCUGUUGGUGACUGCCAGAAUGGAAAUGACAAUCAUGAUCCUAUGGCCAAGUUCGUCGACGCUGAUCGUCAACGGCCUGUCACGCCAUUCAAGAACUUUCAAAACGUUCCUCGAGACCAAUUGCGUAUCUGUAUUGCUGAAGACAAUCCAGUCAACAAGAGAAUCGCAGUACAGUUUAUGCAGAAGCUUGGUUUCAAGGACAUCUUCGCCUAUGACGACGGACUCCAAGCAGUAGAGGGAUUGCGGGAGCAUGCAAAGGCAGGACAUCCUUGUCAUAUCAUUCUCAUGGACGUCCAAAUGCCUGUUCUUGAUGGUUAUGGUGCUACGAGACUAUUGCGCAAGGAUCCUAUCGAAGCCGUGCGAGACAUUCUGGUAAUUGCCAUGACUGCCUCUGCGAUCCAAGGUGACAGGGAGAAAUGUUUGGAGGCGGGAAUGAACGACUAUCUGGCUAAACCUGUACGAUCGAAUGUGCUGAAGAAGAAGUUGGACCAAUAUAUUCAACAGCCACCGAUUCAAAUUCAAGAUCUCCAGGGAGAAGCCAGAAAAGUCGCUCAUCAAGUCCUCCGAGAAAUGAAUGGACCAACUAGUUCUGGCGUUUCAGGGACGUCAACUCCGACUGCUAAUCCUGCAUCUCCUCCUUUCCUCACUCCUGGCACUACUACACCAGAGCUUCCACCGAUACACUCUCAGCGUCGUGAACGUGGAUUCGAUAUCGAUGGAUCUUCUGAUUCUCGAUCUAGUCCUGGCUCGAAGUUUCCUAUACACAGGAAGAGCGUUGUUGAUACUAGUGUUAGCAAGCAGAAUCUACAUGAAGAUGAAUUAAGCCCAAAGAGCUUAUCGUCGAAGAGCAAUAAGGGUAGUAUUGAUGGUAAUAUUCGAGACAAAUACAAGAGUGCCAAGGACGAAAAUUAUGCAGAAUCUGGCAAGGGAAAGAGAAUAAGCAGUGUGGUGAGAAUUGAUGGUGUUGUUGAUGGCGUGGACGGGAAGAAGGGUACUUGAACGGUGCUUUCACUUCGUUGAACAUAGCUAGGGAUGAAAGGCGGGAAGGAAAGGGAUUGUAUAAACGCAUGGAAUUUUCAUCGGAUGGACAGGAUGGGCUGGAGUGUGCGUGUUUAUUUCUUAUAAGCGUGGGCGUUUGGAAGGGAGGGGGUUCAUGGAUGGGGAUUUCUUCGAAAGAGCGAUCGAGCGAGAGAAAGAAUCAGAUACUUUGCAUAUUGCAUCUUGGGUUGGGCUUUGAUACCUUAGAUGCAGACGGCAUAUACUGAUGCGGUAUAGCAUGAUGUUUUGUAACGAUUAACGGAUGGAUGGAUGGAUGGUCUUGUAUAGUGAGUGGAUAGGAAUAGAGGUUCAUAAACCAUUAUCAGGC